AUGGUGAAAGCAAAUGAAGUAGAAGGAGCACCAAUACCUGAAUCAACACUAGAAGUACUCAACCGUACUUUAUACAACCUUGAGCAACUCGAAACCCAAUUGCCCCAAUUCCUUUCCCACUCAGACCCUGAUUACCUCUCCCAACUUCCACUCCUUCGACGAGCUCAUUCUCUCAUCUCCCUCGCGAAACUCACUUCAACUCUCUUCUCAUUGAAGUUGAAGUGUAGAGGAGUUAACCCAAAUGAUCACCCUUUCAAAUCUGAGCUUGAUAGGGUAAGUGUGUGCCAAAAUAGACUGGAACGCCUUCCAAAUCUUAGUGAAGAAGAGUGGCAAGAUAUGGUGGAGGAAAAUUUGAACCAUCAUGAGCAGGCUGGUCAAAAGAGGAAGUAUCCAUCAUCUGAAGAACAACCUGAUCAAUAUGAUUCCAAGGAGUUUGUGGAGAAACGAGAGGAGCUUCUCGGUGGUGGUAAUAUUGGAAGUAGUAUUAAUGGAGCAAUAAUAGUUGACCUAUCCGAUGAUGAAGACGACGAUGAUGAGUAUAUGUGA